AUGCUUGACUUCGCAGCUUCUGCUGUAGUUCUCCGCCAGAGUCAGCCGUCGAAUCCGUUCACGCCGAUUGAUCCUCAAAACUGGGUCAAUCCAGACAAUAUGACGUGGGAUGAUUACAAGGCACCACCAACGACCAAUUGGGCCGAUCCGGCACGCAAGGGCAGAGACCGAAACUUCAACAUUGCCAUGGUGACCGUCGACUAUCCAGACUCACCAUUCGUCGUCACUCUACCGGCUCUAUCAGAUAUCUUCGGUAACCCUCAGCCUCUUGCGGCUGGCUUGAGCCGCGAUGACGUACCAAAGUUCUACCACGAUCUGCUCAACGUACCCAGCGAUCUCAACGAAGGCCACACGCUUCACGAGUACUGGAUGGGUGAUUCUUUCGGAAAGUAUGGUGUUGAUCUAACUGUUUUUGGCCCAUACCGCAUGCCCUCAAGAAGCUACCAGUAUGGAGUUGACGAUGAAGAGGGUGGUUUCAACGAAGGCGCUUGCCCUGAAGGCCCACCAUGCUCAGUCGAUCUCAGAACCGAUGCGCUCGGAGCAUGGCGCGCAGAUGUUGGAAAUGAUACAGCAGACGCAUAUGAGUUGGCUUUCAUCCUUUCUGCUGGCCAAGAUGAGUCUUCAACAUGGCAAGAGUUUGGUGAGAUGAAGUUCCUUUCCAAGGAAGAUGUCCCAGAGGAGUUUGGGCCACCAGACAACUCUACGCUUCCAAAUUGGGCCAGCACUCGCUAUGUUGAGUGGUCGUCGUGGGCUGCAGCCUCCACGAUCUGGCCAAAUGCUGGCGGUGGCUCGUCAACCCAAGGUGAAUCUAGUGGCAUGGCUACGUUCGCUCACGAACUGUCGCAUCUGCUCGGUAUUGGCGACAAUUAUAACAAUCCUUUCAGCGACCCUCCUCGACGCACAUACACCGGUCCCUGGAGCAUGCUUUCACGAGGUAGCUUUAACGGACCUGGAGGUCCUCAUACACGCUGGCAGAUACCACCCGUACAAGGAGCCUCCAUGGGGUCUCUACACACCAUGCGUGACAAGCAUCAAAUUGGUCUCAUUGAUACCACGCCAAUUCUCCAGAUCUCUCGCGCAGGUCUCGCAGCUUCAGGCCCCGUCGUCGCGCAGAUCACUGCUCGCUCUGUCGACCCAUUUGGUAGCCUGAUGGGAUUCAACAUCUCCUUUGGCGCUGCUGGUGACCUUGCACCACCAUGCAACGCGACUCUCGACGCUUUGUGCGACGGUCGUGGCUACAACAACUACAACCUUGAAGUCGUUCAGCGCCUCGGUGCUGAUUCCUUCUGCCCCGACUCAGGCGUUAUGAUUAGCAAGACCAAGAACAGCGAUCGUGUGCAGCCAUUCCAGUGGACGAUUGAUGCGAACCCACAGGAUGCGCGUCAAAUUGACUUUUAUCUUCCCAACGGAACCGCGAGGUACUGGACGAUUGGAGACUACAGACAGCUAGUGGAUGCGCUGUUCCAUGCUGGCACCGACUCCGGCUCGGAGUACGAGUACAUCGAUGAGGAAAACGGGUUGCACAUGUACAUUCUCGAAAAGCUCAUGGAUGACGCUGGAGUUCUGCACUACAAUGUGGGUGUUGCUUCGACCGCGACUAACGUAACGACAUCUGCUCAGUACGGUAUCGAGCUUGGUUCUGGAAAGGUCGCAAGUAGCGGAUACUCGACCAGUCCUGCUCAUGGCACCUACUGCACGUUCGAGCUGAAGAACACUGGAAAAGCUGCAGUACUGGCCACAAACCCCCAUCCGCAAGACCUCUCCGAAUACCUUGGGUCCGAUAUCUACCGUCUGAGCGCAGACGUGAAAGGUGAAGGCUGGAAGGUCGCGGUGCCUAAUGCGCUCGCAUACGCAAAGGCAGGAAAGCAAAAGACAGUUAGUGUCGCUGUUGGCUGCGAGACCGGCUGCUCGAAGGAGGCCACCGUAACUCUCACUGCAACAAGUGAAAGCGAUAAGACGGUCACGAAGUCAAAGACCUGCAAAGUCCGCAUGUAA